AUGGCCUCGAAAUACUACGACCCCGACGCCAUCCUCACCGAAGCUCAAAAGGCUCCCUGCACAUUCGAGCUCACUGUACCCGAGCUCAGUGCGCUGAACGCCGGCUCCACGGUCGAGGUCGGCACCAAAUUGGAUCUUCCACUAUGGCUGGCGGAAAUGCUCGCCAUGUCCAAACCUGCGGGACCUUCAUCUUCGUUGGCAUCGAUGGAUGUGCCAUCGGCUCUUGGUCCCAAGGUCAUGGCUGCCUUGGCGGCUGGACCAAAGUCUGUCGACAUUCGUGCCCAGGCUCAGUGGUUCUAUGGUAUGGGUGAGAGGAUUCUGAAUCUGUUCGACGAUGAGGAGCUGGCAGAUGUUUUGAGUAAGACCUUCAGAGAACGUGCACUGGAGAUCGCAGACAAGGCACAGAACACCCGCUCGAUGGGAGAGGGCGAUGAGUUCAUGAGAGGCCUUGAACGCAGCGAGCGCGAACUAUUUCGUGCUGCUCACGAAGGCAACGCUGCUGUCAAGAAGUGGUCCGUCACCUCCAGUCGUCCUUGA